CCCCCUUCCUCUGGGUCUCCCUCCCCUCCUCCAGAAUCCACUGCAUUCCCUGAGAGUUCAGGGACGAGGCGCAGGGUUUGGGGUUGGGGGAGUUAUCUGGCCUGACUGACGCUGGGAUGUACAUUGAAGAAUUUGGACCCUUCUGGUUUUCUGCCUGGCGAUGAUUUCCUGUUGCAGAAAGGACGAGGGGGCGACCAGGUGAGGGAGAGGGGCUUCUGCUAACUGAGAGGUGACCCUCUCACAUCCCCCCCCACCCCCCGCCGACACCACCAACCCUCCCCCCUUCCUGGACUGAUUCCCUGGUAACUUUGGAUAACCAAACGGUGCGUGUAGCGAAAGACAAGUCACUCCCGCCUUCAACUCCAGGCUCACCUCCCCGGUUCCUGGCAGCGUUUGGGGGAGGGGGGGUGGGGUGGGUGGGGGGUUAGAGGAGUGCUUGGCCUUCCCGCGGCCUCCUGUGUCUUCAUGUUGUCUCAGAGGGUCGGGGGGACACUCUCCAGGAAGGUCCCGGACGUAGGCGAGACGGUGGGGCUGAGCUCCGGAUGAGACGGCUGGUUGUGAUCGCUCUUCCCUUUCAGAAGGGCGCGGGUCCCCGUGAAUCGGGACCGGCGGGCGCCGUUCAAGAGCCGGGAACUUGAGUGAGCGCUUGCCCCGGGGGCCGACAGCAUGAGCGAUGGAGGCAGUCAGCGAGGAGGGGAGGCGACCAGGAGCGAAGCCCAGGCCGGGGAGAGAGGGACAGACCCGGGCAGUACAUCCGCCUCGACCCCCAAGUCCCAAGGAGAAGCGAUACUCUCUCCGGGGGAUCCGGAUUAUUGCAGGAGGAUCCUGGUCCGAGAUGCUAAAGGGACCAUCCGUGAGAUCGUUCUGCCGAGGGGCUUGGACCUGGACCGGCCAAAGCGGACACGGACCUCCUUCACGGCGGAGCAGCUUUACCGCCUGGAGCUGGAGUUUCAGCGCUGUCAGUACGUGGUGGGCAGGGAGCGCACCGACUUGGCCAGGCAGCUCAAUCUCUCCGAGACCCAGGUCAAGGUCUGGUUCCAGAACAGACGCACGAAGCAGAAAAAGGACCAGAGUAAAGACUGUGACAGUCGUCCAUCCAGUGCCUCAGAAUCCAUCGCCACCUGUAACAUCCUGAGACUUCUGGAACAGGGGAGAUUGUUGUCCAUUCCUCCCGCUCCCAGUUUGGUCAUUCAAGGAGCCACUCCUCAUGGAUCUCCAGCGGUUGACAACUGUGGCCUGGUCUCCUCCAGCAGCAGUUCUCCUGGAAUGACCGCUGCCUCUCUCAGCCUCUCCACCCCUCCCCAGACUACCGGCUCCCCCCACUGCCAGCAAGUUACUUCUCCGUGCUUCACGUGCCCACCACUAGGCACCACUCUUGAGCUCUCCUCCAGCUACGGGAUCGGUAUGUCAGCCUUCGAGCCUUACGCACGAACUGAGAGACAAGACAGUGCCACAGAGAAAAGGCCAAGUUCGUAGACAGACAGAGAGAGAGGGAGGGGGGAAAGAAAAGAGAUUCUCUCAACACAUUCCUAUUGCAUCUUGUGCUUGAGUCGUGCCAAUGUUCAGUUGAUGUGAUGGUGAUUCUGAUGCAGCUUCCUCCCCCUCCCCCACCACACCCCAACACAACACAGAAAAAGAGAGACAAGGAGAACCAAAUAAAAUCUGACAAAUCAUUCUCUUGGCAACAACCAGGAGCUGACACCCUACAGUUCACAGGUCAUGGGUCAGGUCACCCAUUGUCCAAUCAAUGGAGGCUAAACCCACCAUGUUGCUCUUGGUUGGAUGGUUUCAGUCUGGUUUCUGACUCACUGUGUGUGGGACACUAACUCAUAGACCAUGGCCUGACCCACUCACCACCCCCCCCCCACUCCUCCCACAUCCUGACCCUCAGUCCUUUUAAUCCCUGAGACAUCGGGCAAUGUAGGCAUUCAGAGAUUCGGAAAGGCAACAAGGUGAUGUAGUGAACAUUUCCCCCACCCUGGUUGUUGCAUUCUGCAAAGUCAGUGGAGUUGUGGACCUUCUGUACCAAUCGGUGAGGGGACAGCAGACAUGAUGUGAGGAAAAGGCCACAGGGCUUGGGGGUGGGGGAUGCUUCGGAGCAUUCGUUACUAAUGGGUCCAACCUCACCUGUAUAUCCCAUACACAUUUCACCCAACACAGGCCAAAGCAAGACAGACACUAGUUCUACAGUCAGUGGAUAAUGACCAUGAGUGAUGGGGUGAAAACUGACCGAUGUCUCUCAGCAUUCUGUCCCCACUCCCACCAGCCUUCCCUAUCUAUUGAGACUCCAAUACAAAUGGAGACAAUAGAGUGGGGAUCAGUGCUCUCUCCAGUCUGAGAGACUCAGAACAGACAGUGCCUUACCUGUCCAAGCCAAUGGGGGGCAGUACCUCGUCACAAUUCACCUCAUUCUAUGGCCUGUUGGUCCCUGGGUGGUGGAGGCAGUGGGGGUGGGGGGGGGUCAGUUUGAAGAGAGUCUGCAUUUCAUUUUACACUUCACACCACUCCAAACACAUAUCAGCUGUAUGUCUCUGUCUCUCUCUAUCUCCGUGCUCCCACAGGAUCAGGUAACUUCACAGUCACUGCUGACUGUACUUCACUGAUCCUCAAAGGAAAUGCUUUCACAGUCAAAAGGUAAAGAGCUGACUUUGAACAGAAACAAAUGUGUCUUUCAAAAACAGGCUCAGUGGUUCAGGAAACGUCUCAUCUACCCCCACCCCCAACCUUCAAACUGAGAGUCUUAACAGCAUUUAUUAAAUUAUAACUUAUUCAACAAAGAU